GCCGCCGCCUCAGCCUCAGCUUCAGCCUCAGCGUCAGCCUGAACCUCAGCCUCACGAGCCGGGGCGCCUCAGCCCGGGACCCGCCCCGCCCGCGCUCCGCCCGCCGCCGCCGCCGUCCGCCGCGCAUGAGGCGCGCCCCCGGGGCCGCGGCCCGGGGCCGCUAAGCGCUGGCCGCCCCGCCGAUGCGCGCGGCCGCCCGCGCCGGGGCUCCCAGGCCGCGCCGGGCCCGGGGCUGAGGGACCCCGCGCGGCAUGCCCGGCCCGGCCUGCCGCCCGCCGCCGCCCAGGGCCCGAGCCCGCGCGGCCCGCACCGAGCCCGGCGGCGCCGCGUAGCGCAGCGGCAGCGGCAGCGGCAGCGCGGGAGCCCGACGGCGCGGCUGCAAGGUCACCGCGCACCAUGGAGGCCAAGGUCCGCCAGAGCCGGCGCUCGCGCGCGCAGCGGGACCGCGGCCGGCGCCGGGAGGCGGCCCGCGACGCCCGCGACCAGAGCGCGUCGUCGGGCGACGAGACCGAGCCCGGGCCUGGCAAGGAGAACGCGGGCCUGCCCCGCGCGCCCCCGCCCCGCGCCGCCGCCGUGCGCCCCCCGCGCCGCCGCCGCCGCGAGUCCAGCUCGCAGGAGGAGGAGGUCAUCGACGGCUUCGCCAUCGCCAGCUUCAGCACGCUCGAGGCCUUGGAGAAGGACAUGGCCCUGAAACCACAUGAGCGGAAGGAGAAAUGGGAACGUCGCCUUGCCAAGAAGCCCCGUGAGUCCGAAAACUGCCCGUCCGCAGAACCAAGUGAGAAUGGGCGUCCCCUGGAGAUUGGCAGCCCCGAGCAGGACCUGGAGCCUGCCUGUGACCGUGGGAAGAAGAAGGUCCCACUGCAGCCCACCAAGCAGAUGAAGGUCACCGCGUCCAGAGGGGGCGACCGCCACAGUGGGGACGACAGCCUCCACGAAGCCACCAGCUCCCAGACGAGCAGUUCUCGGGACCAGCUCAGUGACAGCUCCGCGCAGGCGGUGUCGGGCAGAGGCUACUCGUGUGACAGCGAGAGCGAAGGGGACGACAAGGCAUCUGUGGGCUCCGAGAAGCUCUUUGCCCCAGCAGCCGAUAAAGGCCCCACGCUGGGCGAGGAGGCUGAGGCCAAGGCCGGGGCGCCGCCCAAAGUCUCGGGCCUGGAGCGCAGCCGCGAGCUGAGCGCCGAGCCGCCCUUCCUGCCCACCGUGCGCAGCCCCGCGCCCUCCGCCGGCCCCGCGCCAGGCGCCCCGGACAGCCCGCCGGUCAAGAAGGAAGCCCCCGCCCUGCCCCGCCUCACCCCGCAGCCGCCGCCCGCGCCCCCGCAGCCCCGCGCCCCGCUCCCGACGCACGUGCCUCUGCCCCUGGGCGCCUUCGCCGGCCACGGCCAGGCUGCGCACAACGGCCUGCACAGCCUCAGCAGGAGCAGCAGCGCCAGCAGCAGCGCCAGCCUCGGGCUCGCGAAGCACGCGUCCCUGUCGCCUCUCGGGCCGGGCCCCCACCUGUCUACCUCACACUUGGCGCUCCGCUCGCAGGCCCAGCACCAGCACCACGCGGCGGCCAUGUUCGCUGCCCCCCCGACACUGCCCCCGCCCCCGGCGCUGCCGGCCAACAGCCUGGUCCUCCCAGGACACCCUGCCGAUGCCAGCCUGUUGAUCUCAUUCAGCCAGCCAAUCAUGUAUUGCCAGCCUCAUUCGGGGAUUCUGAUUGAUCACGAGCUGCUCAGGCAAGAGCUGAACGCGCGUUUUCUGGUCCAGAGCGCUGAGCGGCCCGGCGCUCCCCUGGGCCCGGGGGCUCUGCUGCGGGCGGAGUUCCACCAGCACCAACACACACACCAGCACACACACCAGCACCAACACACAUUUGCCCACUUCCCUGCGGGGCUGCCCCCGACGCCGCUCCUGCCACCCGCCGCACCCCCGCCGUUUGAUAAGUACGCACCCAAGCUGGACAGCCCCUACUUCCGACAUUCCAGUUUUUUCCCGUCCUUCUCUUCUGCCGUCCCCGGACUGCCCACCCUGCUCCCACACCCAGGCCCCUUUGGGUCCCUACAGGGUGCUUUUCAGCCCAAGACUUCAAACCCAAUCGAGGUAACGGGCCGGGCCAGUGCUGUUCACACCCUCCUCCAGAAAGCCCCUGGGGUGUCCGACCCCUACCGGACUGCAGUCAGGAAACCUGGGAGGUGGUGUGCGGUGCACGUGCAGAUCGCCUGGCAGAUCUACCACCAUCAGCAGAAGGUCAAGCAGGUGCAGCUGGACCCCCACAAGCUGGAGGUGGGCGCCAAGCUGGACUUGUCCGGGAGACCCCCAGCCCCAGGCAUGUUCACCGGAUUCCACUACCCGCAGGACCUGGCCCGGCCCCUCUUCUCCGGCUCGGGAAUGACCCACAAACAGGAGGUCCCAGGUCUAUCAGGCUCCUGUCAACCUGCUCUCAUAGGUGCUGCCCAUCCCACUGCCAACCCAUUCGGACCCUCCGCCCAUCCCAGCAGCUUCCUGACCACCGGUCACCUGACAGACCCUUUCAGCAGGCCAGGGACCUUCGGGGGCCUGGGGAGCCUGGGCAGCAGCGCCUUCGGAGGCCUGGGGAGCCACACAUUGACUCAGGGCAGCGGCAUCUUUGCCCCCAAGGAGAGCUCCGCACUGCAUGGCCUGCCCAGCCCCCACGAGGCCUGGAACCGACUGCACCGAGCGCCGCCCUCCUUUCCCACACCACCCCCAUGGCCCAAGCCUUUGGACCCUGAUCGGGUCUCAGCCCUGACCAAUCACGACCGAGAGCCGGACAAGGGCAGGGAGGAGCGGGACCUCCUGGAGAAGACACGCAUGCUGAGCCGGGCCUCGCCCGCAGCCCCUCUGGGCCCCCCAGUCAGCAGCUUCCUGCUCCGUGGCCAGAGUGAAUCGGGCCGGCCUGGGGGCCCUGCCGAGCGCGAGGCCGAGCCCCGCGUCAAGGAGAGCCGCUCUCCGGCCAAGGAGGACGGCGCCAAGCUGGCCGCACGCCCGCCCUCUCCCUACAGCAAGGCGGCCCUGGGCGACAGCCUACGCCUAGCAGGCCUCCUGGGCCGAGAGCCCGGGAAGCCGCCGGACGCGCCCGCCGAGCGGCCCCAGGGCGACGUCAAGGUCAAGGAGGAGCGCAGGGAAGACAGUGAUGCUCUCGAGCCCCCAGGGGCCGGCCUCCACCCAGCGCCCGAGCGUCCACGCGCGCCCCCUGCGCCCCUGCAGCUCGGGCCCAGCCCGGUGGCCCGCGAGCGCCUGGGCUUCACGUGGGAGCCCCUGCGCGACGCCUACCGCGGCCUGGAGCUGCCCCGGCGCGCCCUGCCCGCCUCCGCCCCCGCUCCGGGCCCCGCCACCUUUUUUGAGCCCCCCGAGCGCCCCUACCGCGACCGCGAGCCCCACGACUACAGCCCAGAGCGCCUGCGGGAGGUGCGCCGCGAGGAGCUGGAGCGCGCACGGGCCGCACACCUGGGUGCCGCCGCGCACCUGCCCUCCGCCGCCGCGCACCUGGACAGCGCUGCGCUCCUGCCCGCGCUGGGCUCCCUGCACUACCCGCGCCUCGGGCCCACGGCCGCCGCGCUGCACAACGGGCUCCUGGCGCGGACCCCGCCCGCCGCCGCCGCUGCGCUGGGUGCGCCGCCCCCACUGGUGGCCGCGGGCGGGCCCCCCACGCCCCCCGGGCCGCCGCCGCGCAGCAGGACUACGCCGCUCGGGGGCCACGGGCCCGAGGCGCGUGACUAUUCCCCAUCCCGCAACCCCCAGGAGGUGGAGGCACGGUAGUCCCCGCGGGCCCCCCCGCCCCGUGUACAGAGACCCUUCCACAAAUGCACUGCUGUAAACUUUUCUACGCGGACGUUUCUAGAACCUAAGCACAGCGCCGUCAGCCCUGGGGUGACACUUGCUUAACACCCGAAGUCUGCACAGUCUUUGCUGGGGGUGAUCUUUUGUUUUCCGAGCUUGGAAUUAGGCUACUGGAGGAGAAUUCACGUUUGUACAUCUUUUCCCACAGGUGAGAAGCGUUUUUAAUAGAUUUGUAUUUUUUUCAAUUUUGUGCUCUUUAGACAUUUAAAAAGAAACAAGAAACUUUGCUUUUCUAUCUUCAGUUCAGAUUUGCAAUGUAAAGGCCUCAGAUCCCGCUCUAGAACCCCAGGAUCUUUUAUUUAUGGAGGAAAAAAAAACAGUCAUUUUGUCCAGCGCACUGUGAGGCCCCCACUCAGGGCCCGCCUGGCCCUCCCUUGGUACUUGGAACCGAAGUUACAGAUAUAUAUUAAAAUCAUAAUAAUACUGUACAAAACUCUUUUUGCCUUAUGCAGAAGCAUAAGAAGAUUUCUUUUUUGGUUUGUUUUUUAAAAAAAAAAACAAAUGAAAUAUGUAAAUAGACUGUUAAUAUGAAUAUAUGACGUUAUUAAAUUCUUAACCUAGGUAGACUUUAUAAAAGGCAGUUUCUAGAAACCUCUCUGGCUCGUGGUGUAACCUGGCCGCAAGCCCGCUCGCUGUCGCUGCACGCGCUCAGAAGCUUCACUGUUGCAGAUCUUCAACUAUGCAAGCGCUCCGGGGUGGGGCGGGGCAGCCGGCCGGGGGCGUCCCUUCCCGUGGCCCGGGCGAGCCGGGCCCGCCCUCCUCGGACCCGCGGCUCUGGCCGCAAGGACAGUUCUGUGGAUCCCCGUGCCCGUUGCGUUCUCAGACUCCGUAGCAGAGUUUUAGGAGUGGAGAGUCUGGAGGUUCACUGCAAACAGGAAUAGUAGCUUCUGUCCACUCUCUCCGUGCGCAGGCCGUCAGCAGAUGUCCCUGCGCGCGCCCCUCCACCCGUGGAGGCCUUGGCAUGAUCUCCUUUUGGUUUCAGUUUUGCUUUCAUAACCACCCGAACGUCCCCUUGUCCCGUCCUCCACGUCCCUCUCUGUUCCCUGGCAUCCGCGCCCGUGUCCGCUGCGCUCUCGGGCCUCGUUGGUCGGACCGCCUGCGGCCAUCUGCUCUGUUCUGUAUUUUCGACCCGUGUGUCCCUUGUGGACUCUGGUGGUUUUAAACACUGAGUUCUCGUGUCAAUCAAUGAAGAUAAAUACAGCCUUGAUUUUGGAUCA